GAAAAGACCAGUCUGGUGUAAACAGUCGGAAUUGAAUAAGUGGUGAAUAAGCAAAAUAAACUUGUUAUUUGACAAAAUUUCUUGCUAACAUUGUAACUAGGAAGGAAAAAUCAAAAUUCUUAUAUAAUAUGUUCAACGCUUUUGAAUUUUGUUAGACGGUUGUAACUUAAAAUAAACGCAUUUGAGCGUAAUAAAGCUAUACUUUAUGUUUCAGUUUAUAAUAAACUACGUACAUCCAGCUAAUGUCGAUAACGCUGAAAUAGUAAUAAACUGAAGACAACUGGGAUGUAAAUAUAAAAAAUGGCAUGGUAUUCAUCAGUCAAGUAUGUUUCAUUUCGAGAGCCGAGCGAACGUUGUGUGUAAGUCAAUGGAACUAUGUGGAAGUUGUGGAGUAGACGCUUAAUGUUCAUUUGCUGUAUCAUAGUAGCAGUUUUAGUAAUAACGAUUCUGCAUGAAAUCACCUCUCAUGAAACAGGAAACUUUCCCUUGAACGAGCAAGCUCAACCAACUGCUUUUAAAGCAAAUAAUGCAUUCAGAAACAUACUGCAGUAUUUUCAACCGGACAUAAAGUGCAAGGACUCUUUAUUAGCUGCUGACCCAUCGUUCUCUGUCAUAUAUAAUCGAGGAAGAAGAUCGGUCUUUUUAGGAGAGGAUAUUAUUUUUACAAUUGUACUCUACAAUGGAUACGGUAACCCCAAGGACACAGGAGGAGAUCAUUUACGGGCACGCUUAUUCAAUCAUUCACUAGGAGCAUAUACACCUGGAAGCAUUGAAGACCAUGCCAACGGCACAUACACUGUAACUUUUCCAUCAUUAUGGAUCGGAAACGCAGAGAUAGAAGUAGAGGUUUUGUACACUCAUGAAAUUAUUGGCACUGCAAUUAGAUUAAGAAAAACAUGGGAUUUUUCUGACGUGUUUGCAAUCUUUGUGGACAACAACUAUACCGAAAUUACAACAUGUGGUCCAGAUUAUAAAACAGUUCAUAGAUACUCCAAAACAUCCAAAGUGUGUCACUUUGCAUACUGGAACACAUCACAGCAAUGGUUUUGUGGAAGACCUGCGAACAAUAUGCUGUGUAAACACUGGACAUCAAUUACUCGUUUUUUGGAAAACUAUACGAAAGGAAUCAGUCAAUGCGAAGAAAAAUUGAGUAGAAUAGAUGGACAAACAAAUAUACCAUCCAACAUAACAUUAAAAAUAUUACCAAGGAAAAUGGAUGACGCGUUUGAAGGAACAAACAUUUCCUGUUUGAAUUAUAAUAACACUAAAUUAUGGUUCCAAGACAAACCAUCAGGAUAUUUUUACAACAAUAAAUGGAUUAUUGCUCAUUGUAAAGGUAUUGAACACUUAGACGGAGAGUGCUUAAGAAAUAAAACUAUGCUGUUUUGGGGAGACUCUACCCUCUAUCAAUGGUAUGUAUAUUUCAAAAAGAAACUACUUAUUGACAGUUAUUCCGUAUGCAAAAGUUCGAUAGGAACGCACGGUUGGCUUAAUCCUGAAACAUGCACGUUUCACAAAUUAAACCUUACAAUGUGUUUUAAGGGCCAUAAUAUUCCUGUAAGCAGUUUUACAAAGAAAGGUCUGUAUGAUAUGUUUAAAAUAAUUUCAUUUGAGGAAUUCAUUAAAUCAUACUCAAAUUCACGGAAUGAAGUUCUGUUGGUUCUAAAUUUGUAUGUUCAUUUACAACAGUAUGAUUAUAGUCAUUUUGCUGCUAACAUGUUAGAAAUAAAAAGGAGCUUAGAGCGGAUCUUCAAAACGAAAACAAAUGUUAAAGUGUUCUUUAAACUACCACAUACAUACAGAAGAUGGAAGGAUAAGGAAUGGAAACUCAGACAAAAUGAUUAUAUUGGGUUUAUCUUUACUCAUAUCAUGCGCAAAACCUUUAAUGGAUUAUAUGAUAAAAUAACUGUGUUGGAUCAGAAAGAUGCAACUAUUGCCAAAAGAUCAUUUGACAUACAUCCACCAGAAAUAAUUGUUCGGGGAAUGGUUUUUCAAUUUUUAAGUUAUGUAUGUAAAAGUGAUUCAAAUAAAAUAUAAUGUUUAAUCUUAAUACCUUACAUGACUGGAUAUACACGAAUAAAUACAAUGCUUCAAAAAUGGAUAAACAAGCACUUGUGUAGAAACGGAUAUUCAUUUUCUAGUAUGUGUAUGAUAGAUUUUCAAUGUGAAGAACAAUGGAUAUAAUAAUGUCAAAUAUGAUAUUAUUCUGCAUAAAGAAAUCAAAGGGCACACCAAGUGCAUAUAAGAAAUAAGUUGAUAAUGAUCAUCGAAAUAACUAAUCGUAUGUAUUCUUUGAUAGAAAUCUUUGUAAUAUAUAUUGCCGAAGAUUCAGGGUGAACUAUAAGUAUCAAGGGGGAUGCUCCGGCAUCCGUCGUUCGUCGUCGUGCGUUUACAUUAAUCUUCUAAUCUGAAAGUGCUGGGUAAAUGCUCUUCAAAUUUGGUUCGUUACAUCCUUGUGACAGUCAUACUUCUAUUUGCUCAGAUCAUUUUAACUUUAGGUUUCCACGGAGCUAAAAAUAGAGAAAAAAAACUUAAACACAUAUUCUUGUCUACAAAACUAAUUGAUGGAUGAUCAUUAAACUUUGUCCGUAGCAUUCUUAAAUGGUCUGACAUCACAUUUAUUCAAAUAAAUUGAAUUGUCCCCUGUUAGUAGCCACUAGAUCUUAAAUUAUAAACACCUUUUAUACUGACCUUAUUGAUGGAUGAUUACCAAACUUUGUAAGUAGCAAAGUACUGUAAAAGCUACUUCUCUACACAAACAACAUACUGCUCCUAAGACAUGUGUCUGACUGAAAAACGAAAAGGCGAUCCACGGCAUAAAAAUACGUAACUUUCAUAUAACAACACGUAAUAGUAUUAAUUACUUUUAUCGCUCAAAACUGCAUUAUUUAAAGUUAAGCAGGCUCGUCCUGAUCGUUUGGUCAUGACCGGAAGUAACGGUUAUAAAUGCAUGUUCACCGGGUCAAUAAUGGCCAUAAACGGGGGUAUUUCUUUUCAAAUAGACUUGUAAAGUAAAAGAGUCUCAAACAUUUUUAUCCUGAAAUAACCAUACCCAGAUCUUAAAAAUUUGCAUAAAGCAUAUCCGUGUGGUCCUUAUUUAAACCACACCCUUUUGUCAAAAAUGGCCCCGCCAUCGGAGUCACUUAGUUACAUAGACACACAAUAAAUUCACGUAACAAAUUCAUUAAACCUAUUGCAAACGCUUAUAAAUUAGUUUAUUUUGAAAUGGAUACAGACCAUACAUAAAUCAAUUUUAUAUUACAUUUCCUUCAGUAUGUAUAAUUUUUGCUAGUGAAACAUUAGAGUGAAAUAAUAGUGAACGGAGGAAGAACAUUAAAGUAAAAAUACGGUAUUAUCAAAAUGAUGACUUUUUAUACUGUAUACGAAUUAGAAAAAAAAGAAUAAGAAUAUAAUUUAAAAACAUCGCACCAAAACACAAGCAUACUUGAAAUGUUAAUGUGUACAUUCAUGUUACAAGUGUUAGGAAAGUUUUAUUAUUUCUGGCGGGCGGGGUAUAUUGUAUGUACUUGUAAUGUCUUACAAAAAAGCCGAUUAAAAUGUCUUCGAAAACUGAGAUAAAUAUGAUUCUGUACGAAUGCAGCAAUUUUAAGUUCACAUGCACACGCACAUGCGCGCAAGCGCGCACACACACACGCGCGCGCGAACACACACCCACCAACACACCCAUACACACACACACCCACACACAAACACACACACACAGUUUAGCUUUUUUGAAAUUUCCAGUAACCAUGGAACUUUAAAAUGAUUUACUUUGAAAGUAAUUGAAUCAGACAUAAGUCUGCAGUAGCACGUUAGUUUUAAGUCAUGGAUGAAAUACAUUUAUAAUUAUUGUACAUAGUGGUAUAUAAAAAUUCUUAGCAAUAAGACUCGAAACAAAUAUGUAUACAGGGUGUAAAGAGAUAAAAAUAUUAAUACGAUUUUCUUUCGAUUCCUUUCUUUUUAUGCCUUUAUUCCUUUUAAAAUGUUUGGGUUUUUAAAAAUAUUAUUCAAUUUCUUUAAAUGUACUUUAUCUCGCCCUCAGAUAGAAAUCUAUAAUUCGUUUGAUAAAACAUCAGAUACCUACUCAACAAAGUAAAUUUUUGCUUUUGCACAUAAACCUUUUAUAAACACGUGUCAUAACCUACUUGAUGUUACCAUGUAUAACGUGUAUAUGAAUGUUUUAGAAUUAUUCCGGCUAACUGAUACGAGUUGUUUAAAAUGUUAUUAUUCGUCACUACAGCUUACAUAUCAUAAUGUUGAAUUUUGUUAGUGUACCUAAUGAAAUAUUCUACUUUUUAUAAAAAAGAUUGGAAAAAUAUCGUAACAAUAUCUAGUUUUCGUUUUUAACGUUCCGUAUAAUUUGUUAAUACCUUACCUGCAUGAAAGAAUUCAAGAGUUUCUAUCGGGGGUUCGAAUCUAUUACAUUGCGGGUAAGUUGUUAGAAGUCAACGACAAUAACCACUUAGCCACAGAAGCCCAUUAUUAUAUAGCAAAUAUAAAGUUCAAAACGUUGUGUCUACAUAAAUCAGGGACAGUAACGAUUUAAGUUACAUAAAAAAGAACUGUAAACUCUAUCCAGUUUUACUGAAACAUACCCAGAUGUUGAGGAGAUCAAAGGUUAAGUCUAUUUUCAUCUCACGUGGAAUUUUUGUGCAACAUAUUUGAAUUAUAUAUAGCUAUAUUUUCACUGGAUAAACUAAGGUUCAUUCCUUUUUAAAUUGCUUACACAGAUCCAAGUAAAAGGAAAUUUAAAUGACUGUUUCAUCUUUACAAUAUACUUGUAUUGCAAAUAACUUAAGCUCUACAGUAGUAUAUAACAGUAUUUCACGUAACUUUGCUGAUUACGUUCUAGCUUGUUUUGUUAAAUCGUAAGAGGGGCAGCACAAAAGUAUAAAUAUAGAAUAUCGACACAAAAUUUGUCUCAGUAUCGUGACAUUUUUUAUAAAUUAUUAGAAUCAAUUGAGAAGAUGUUCAGCAAUUCAAUUUAAGUAUCAUACCAAACCUGUAUUUUAUGUAAUCAGAUUGACAUUUUUGUACGUAAGUAAUAAACAAGUGUAAAAGA